AAUCAAAUCUAAUGGUUGUAAAUCUCUCUGUGCACUCUCUGCAUUAAUAUCCCGCUCUUUUUUCUCUCUCUAGAAGCCAUUAAAAAAAAUCUCUUCUUUCUCUCUGAUCUUUAAAGAAAAAAAAUACAAAAAUGCAAGAACAAGCAGCCAGUUCAAUUCCUGCUUAUUCUUUUCCGUCUAGCAGUGAGAGAUCUUCAAGUUCUGCUCCUCAACUUGAAGUCAAAGAAGGUAUGGAGAGUGAUGAGGAAAUAAGAAGAGUGCCAGAGAUGAGCGGUGAACCGGCCGGGACAUCAGCCUCUGGCAGAGAGACCGGUUCAAUUGCCGGUCAGGGCAGAGUGCAGCCUGCAGGAGAGGGACAAAGUCAGAGAAAGAGAGGAAGGAGUCCAGCUGACAAAGAAAACAAGAGGCUAAAGAGGUUGUUGAGGAAUAGAGUAUCAGCCCAGCAAGCAAGGGAGAGGAAGAAGGCUUACUUGACUGAGUUGGAAACACGAGUUAAAGACUUGGAAAAGAAGAAUUCUGAGCUUGAAGAGAAGCUUUCUACCUUGCAGAAUGAGAAUCAAAUGCUUAGACAUAUACUGAAGAACACAACAGCAAGCAGGAGAGGAGGCAGCAAUAGUGCUAAUGCAGAUGGCUCUUCAUGAAGAGCAAUACAGAUACAAGAGGAGUGUUUAGACGAGAGAUAUUUUCAGAUGAUAUUAUGCCUUUGUGAAUUAUCGUGCAUGGAAGUAGUAUGACCAUAGGACCUUAGCAAAGCUUGAUCUUGAAGCAUGUUGUAACAUGGCAAUUUGGUCCCUUCAUGUUUUUUACCCCCUUGAAGCUGGGCACCAUCGCAAAUUCUUUAAAUUUUAGAGUUACCAUGUCAUGAGUGCAAUGUAACGCAAAUGGUGAACCUAGCUAAAAGGGCUGGUUAGUUUGUAAGCAUGGAGAAGAAAAGCAUUGAACAUUGGCCUUGUUGGCCAUUAUGUGUGCUUCCUGGCGUGCUGAUUAGGGUUGAAUUUUAAGGCCAUGACCAAUUUCAGAAAA